AAAAAAGAAUAUCCCUAUAUGUGGUGUGGAGAGUUUGAAUUAGGAGGAUCACCACUAUCACCAACUCACCAUGAGAGAACCUAAAAAGCUUCAUGUCGCUCUGUUUCCAUGGCUGGCAUUUGGUCAUAUAAUCCCAUUCUUUGAGCUUGCCAAGCACAUAGCCCAAAGGGGUCAUAAGAUCUCCUUCAUAUCUACUCCUAGAAACAUCCAACGAUUACCCAAAAUCCCUUCAAAUUUAGCACCGCGUAUCAAUUUAGUGAGCCUCCCUUUACCCACUGUUGAUCAUCUUCCACAGGAUGCAGAAGCCACCAGUGACCUACCUUCCCAGAAAAUUCCAUACCUCAAGAUUGCCUACGACGGCCUCGAAGGCCCUUUUCUUCAGUUCUUGAAAACAUCUUCUCCUGAUUGGAUCAUUUGCGACUUUGCUCAGCACUGGUUACCUCCCAUUGCUGCUAAUCUUGGGAUCUCGCUUGCCUUCUUUAGUAUUUUAAGUGCAUGGAGUGUAUCUUUCUUUGGAUCAUCAUCGUCUGCCAUGAUUAAGGGUGAGGAUCCACGGUCUCAACCGGAAGAUUUCACUGUAAUCCCUGAGUGGAUCCCUUUUCCUUCCAAGGUCGCUUUUAAGCUCCACGAGGCAAAAAGACUUUUUCAAGCAUGGAAAGAAGAUUCAGAUGUAAGUUUCUCCGGUGUGUUUCGUAUAGGAUCAGUCCUUGCUGGUUGUGAUGUUAUAGCUGUUCGGAGCUGCAACGAGAUAGAGGCGGAGUUCUUGAGGCUUGUCGGAGAGUUUCACGGCAAGCCUUGCCUUCCAAUAGGUUUACUGCCACCUGAUGAUCUUGACGCCACUUGUAGCGAAGAAGAUGAUACGUGGCUUACAACCAGAGAAUGGCUAGACAAGCAAAACAAAGGUUCUGUCGUUUACAUAGCAUUUGGAAGCGAGGCUGAACUGAGUCAACCUGAGUUAAACGAGUUGGCAUUUGGGUUGGAGUUAUCAGGGUUGCCUUUCUUCUGGGUUCUAAGGAAAGGGGACAACUCUGUCAAGUUACCAGAUGGAUUUAAAGACCGAGUUAAGGGACGUGGAAUGGUGUGCACGAGCUGGGCACCUCAACUCAGGAUAUUGGGUCAUGAAUCAGUCGGAGGAUUUUUGACUCACUGUGGUUAUGGUUCAGUUAUAGAGGCACUUUAUAGUGGACUUGCACUGAUUAUGCUGCCGAUCAAUAUCAUAGACCAGGGGUUAAUUGCAAGAGUUUUUGGAGAGAAGAAGGUGGGUGUAGAGGUGACAAGAGAUGAGUCAGAUGGGUCUUUUAUAAAAGAAUCGGUGGCUGAGUCGCUGAGGUUGGUUAUGGUUGAAAAGGAAGGAGAAGAAUAUAGAAAUAAUGCAAAGGAGAUGAGGAAGGUAUUUGCAGAUAAAGAUCUCCAUGAUCGAUACUUGGACCAUUUUGUUGAGUUUCUGCAAAAUCACUGAGUUCCCUUCAGGCGUGAACCCAGUUUUAUUCUCUUUUUUUUUUAGUCUAUUAAAAGCUUAAUUAAGAAAAAAAAAAAAGAGAGAGAAAGAAAAAGUGGGAGAUAAAAAUUGGUGGUGGUGCAUGUGUUUGUUUCAUGGCUUGAGUAGACUCUGUAGUGGUAGUGGUGAACGACCAUUGUUUACCGGCAAAUCAACCUAUUAAGUGUGGGCCAUUGGGCUUUAAUAAUUGCGUCGGCCAUCGAGCUUUAGUAA